AUGGGGUCCGCGGCGGCCGGGCAGGCAGGAGCCGACAGGGCGAGGCGAAGGCCGCGGCGGGGGUCGGGGGCGGGAAUCGAGCACGGGGAGGGAGAGGUAGGCUGGGUGGGUGGGCGCGAGGUCCGGGCCGGGCGGGGCGAUGCAGGAGGCGCCGCUCUCCAUCCCCAUCAAGCCCAACAACUUCCCCGCCGAACGGUGGCGUCUGGUGAACAGCCCGUGGUAACGGUCCACCCGCUGGGACGGCCGCGGCGAGGGGCUGCUCAUCCACCAGCCGCUCUUCGAGGUGGAGCUGCUCAGCCCGCCCGGGCCGCGGGGCGGCGGCGGGGCCGCGGGGCCGGGGCCGAGCCCGGGCUCUUCACAACCACCAACUUCACCAGCUUCGUCCGCCAGCUCAACGUCUCCGGCUUCCACAAGGUGGUGCAGGGCGGGCCGAGGCCGGGUCCGGGCCGGGGCCGGGGGGCGGCGGGACGGCGGGACCGGCCCCUCCACCACUUCCGCAGCCCGCACUUCCGCCGCGGCCAGCCGCAGCUGCUCGUGCACCUCCAGCGCCGGACAGGCGCCAACGAGGCCAAGCUGGCGGCCGGCCUGGAGGUGCCCUGCCGCCCGCCCAGCGGUUUCCAGUGGCUUCCAGCGGCUGCGCAUCACCUUGGCCUCCGCCUCCGCCGCCUCGGCCGCCGCCCCGACCCCGCUGCAGCACCAGGAGCCGCCACCUGCGCCGCAGAUUCCCGGCCCGAGCCGCACGGACCAGGGGCUGUAGGACAGUUUCACCGGUCACUUCGGCGACGUGGUUUUCCCCCUUACUCCUACGUAACUUCAUCCCACGACCGCAGUACUUUUCCCAUGAAAAGUUUAGAUCGGACCCCAGUUCCUCGCAGAAUAUGGCAGAACUCCCUUGGAAUGCACCCCGGGCAAGUGGAGACAUCGCCCACGUUUUCAGAGAAACGAUCCUGUUUUGCUGCCUCAGUGGUGCGUGCCUGUUGUCCCGUCUGCUUGGGAUCAGAAUCUGGCUUACUCAGAAGCCGGGUAAAAGCUCAGCCCAUGCAGCCAGCAUUCUGCAUGAAGCAUCCUGAGACUUCUACCAACAGAUGGCAGCCGCUGCCUAGAGAUGCUACAACCAGCGGAGGCCGCCUCUGUAACACCUUGCAAUAA